AUGCACCGCCGCGGCCGCUCUCGAGAUGUGUCUCCCAUCGCCCUCGCUGGCAAACCAAACGACCAUCCCUUCCGCGCACACAUAUCCGUCUCCCUCGUCCCACAAUCUAAUCUCCUCAAGCAUCCCUCCAUGUGUGGCCCAGCGCCCUCUAGCCACACUCAUUUGCCGCACACGCGCCGCUCUCUCAACUCCACGCCCACAGCCGAAUCCCCUGUGGCUUCAACUUCCCGCCUGCCGUCGCUCCCCAUGUCCGCAUCCCCUCCUCUUCUAUCCUCUUCUUCUGUUGACGCUGCUUUCUUGCACCCCCCUUUCUCUAGCUCUGUUGCCUCCUUGUCUCCCGAGCCAUCGCCUCUCGAGCCACUCACCCCCCCAGAACACGGCGACAGCUACUUCCACCCAUACUCCGUGCUUGCCCCCGUCGACUACUACGACCGACCACCAUCUCCCCCACGCACCCUGAAAGACCAGAUGCAGGUCGCAUAUGCACUCGACAACAUUCAUCUCGCCAAGAUCUUGUACUUGAAGAUGCACGGCAUUGAGGUCACAGGUGACGACGAUCCACGCAUAGCCGCCGUCAAGGACGAGGAUUUCACCAGCUCCUUCGUACCUCCGGGCGGCCUCUCACUCGAGGAAGCCGACGAGCAACGGUGCAGAGAUGGCCAGAAGAGAGAGCGGGAGAGGCUUCAGCGACGAAGACGAGAAGAGAAGUUGAGAGCCUGCCAGCGGCUUUGGGAGGCAAGCGCUAAGUGGUUGCAGGAAGAGAAGGCAAAGGUCGCCAGAAGAAAAGAAGAGGAAGCGAGACAGCGGAGGAGGCUGGAGAAAGAGGCAAAGGACAGGGAGACCAGAGAGCGUGAGCAAGAGCAGCUGCGGCACACGCGACAGGUGCGCAUUAACCCCCAGACGCAACGCCCCUUGCUGGACUAUAGCACCCUGUCAUGCGAGCGGCGAGCUCAGCAUCAGCCUUCACCUCCAAUGGUCGAGGACGACACUCUAGAGUAUUUUGUGAUACCCUUUAGUCCUGCUCGUUCGCCGUCCUCCUCGUACAGCAUAUCUCCUCCCACCACUCCGGACACGAACGAACUCACCCUUCCCCGUUUACGCCACGAACUCGCGGUUCAGCACUUCCAGAGCCUCUCCCGAGCCGUUCCUUUUGCUGACGUGAUAGUCAGCAUGAGCGGACCUCUGUUUCCCCAGAAUGAUGGUCCAAGUUCGCGGUCGCGCGCGAAGUUGAGCACAUCCCAAAGGGAACUGUUCGAUAGCAUGUUUGAGACUGCAGAAUGGGGAGAGAGUGAGCUUUCCAGACCAAACAGUAUUGUACGGGAAGAUCCACGGACGAACCAGCGCUGCGUCACUGUGUCAGCGUGCGUAGCUCACUCGCAUAGUUCCACGUCGACAUCUGUUUCUGCGAUAGCAUCGACUUCAGUCUCUACCAUCACUCGUUCCCAUUCCUGGUUCUCCUUCGGUAGUCGCGACUCUCGUUCAUCCAUGUCGACCGCCAUCACCAGCCCUUCGUCAUCAUUGCUGUCUGUGAAGUCACCUUGCCUCUCCCCAUCACCUGUCUUCUUACCGUCGCCGCUUCGUGCAGAGACGACGGUUAUUCGCCAUGCUUGUCGGCAUCCUGCGCUUGUCCGGGUAUCGUCCUCUGAACACCCACUCUGCUCGCCAACACCCGUGAAUCCCGAAAAGCCAGCACCAGUUACUGCUUCUCGUGGACGCGCACGUACGCGGAGAAUAUCUGUGCUUUCGUCUUGCGACUUGCGAAUAGAUGGUGAAAAUGGGCUAGUGCAGCGCGUAAGUCGCUCCGUGUCGUCCUUGAUGGACAUGGCAGCACAGUUCCAAAGAGCAUACGUGAAGGCGACGAUGUUCAGUGUUGGGAUAGAUCCCAUUCCUCGGUCCCGCUCUGACUCCCGCGAUAGUUCUCCUUCUCGCUCUCCGUCCCGCUCUCCGAAGGCUGCUUCCUCAAACGGGUACUCGGGGCGAAGUAGCAGGCUGCGGCCGGAGGGUUGCCGUGCACUUGCAUUAGACGUUCAUGUCUUCCUCUCCUCUCCUGGGGAGGAGCAAUCUGAUUCGUUGCAGCCUACGCGCACUCUUAUCCCUCUGACUCCCCGUCUCCCGGCAGCGCACACGGUUCCGCCGCAUUCGCGCGUAUUUCCCCUGCCUGCACCCACGCCGCGCUCGCCGUUCCGUGUCGCGCAACCGCUCCCAGGAUCCCCGAGCUUGCCACGCCUGCGACCUGUUGCGAAUCCUCUGCUUCUCCGCUUGCAGGCCCUGCAGAAUGUUUGCACGGGACGUGCUCUUACCUGGGAGGGACGUGCACGGGAUGGGCGCAUGAGUGCAGGCAAGGAGAAGCUUGUGGGGGUCGCCUGGGAGGGUAUUGGACGAAGCUCGCUGGGCUGGGAGGUCAGCGCCGCUGUCUUUUAA